AUGGAACCCUCGAGGGUGCGCCGGGUGGUCGCGGUCCAGCGCUUCCAGUGGGAUCUGGCCGGCGAGGCGGAAGGGAAGCUGCUCGUGGCCGGCGAGAAGUCUUGGCUUGGCUCCGGCGGGAGAAGACAACGAAGGCUGGCUCGAGCUCUGGACCAAGCGAAGUGUUCGGUCCUCGUUGAGACGAACGUCAAACGAAACCCACUCCCAAAGGCCGGUCUUGGCAGCGGACGCACGGCCAGCCAAUUCCGCUGUCAGCCAAUCAGAGCGCGGCCUCCCUCACUAGCGUCUCCUGAGGCAAGCGUCCACACUGGGGCAGGAGGCAGGAGGCAAGAGUUCCAUCGAGGCGACAUGGCCGGCCAAAGUUGCCAAAACACGUCGCAAAUGGUCGAUGGAGAGAUUGCCAUGCAGGAGAUGGGAUUUGAGAUGGCGGAUCGCAACUGGGGCUUCGCCCAUGACGUCGCGAGCUUGGCGUACUAGAAGUCAAUCCACAGGUGGCUGCCGCUUCUGACCCAC